AUGCAAUCACUACACUAUAAUAGUGGGUCUAUAAAACUAAAACGAGAACGUGCAACGAUGGUCUCUCUUUGGGACGCUAGUGAAGUUGCACGAUGGAUUGAAGGUCUUGCUGGUAUUCAAUCUAAUACACGUGAUAUAUUUCUUAAGCAUAAUAUUGAUGGUACAGCAUUAACACUUCUUCUUCGUGAAGAUCUUAUUCGUAUGGGAAUAACAAAAAUUGAUCAGCAGUUGAUUCUGAUGCAAUCGAUUGAUCUUCUUCUUACACUUGUCAGUCGUUUAACUAGUGAAACACUGGCUCUACUUUUUAUGCACAUUCAUUGCGCAGCAACGACAUGCUAUAAUAUAUUAAAACGACAUGAUCUUAAAGAAUCCACAAAUAAUAAUAAUAAUAAUAAUAAUAGUACUAUCAUGAAUUCACCCGAGUUUUAUUCAUCCAUCAGUAAUUUAUCCGAUGUAAUUGUUAUUACAUGUCAUUGGCUUGGACGAUUACCAUUUAUUGAAAACAAACAAUACAUUGGUUUUCGUGGAAAAAUAAUCAAAAUUUUAGUUCAGAUACGUGAAUUACUUCGUAAUUUGCGACUUGCUGAUCAAAUUAACAUGCCAAAAACAAAAUUAAUAGUAGAAAUUGAAAAAUUACGAACAACAGCUAUCACAUCAGUUCGUCAAAAUAAAGAUUCCUUAUUUUCGUCUGAUUGCUAUUUAACACGAGUUCAUUUGCAACGUCCACUUAAAGAUGAUGUGAAUAUUGAAUAUACAACGAUGUCUGAUUUCACUCAUGUAAUCUCAAGUAUUGAGACAGAAGCUAUGAGAUACAUGGGAUCGGGUUAUAGUGCAAUCAAUAUUGGAGACGAAAUUAUAGAAAUUAACAAUCAAGUUGUUAUUGGUUGGGAUCCAGACCAUUUUAACGAAUUACUUCGUUCAUCGUCACAGAACAAUGAAAUAUGCCUAUUAGUUAAAAAAAUGCCUCGACAUAAUGAUGAUGAAGUAUAUACAAAACGUUUUGUCGACGGACCAUCAAACCCUCGACGUUCACGUGCUCGUCAUGCGCUAGAACAAAAACAACAACAAACACAAGAAUAUCGAACUAUCUUACUGGAACAAGAAGGCGAGAUUGUGAUUGAAAGUGAUGAUGAAACGCUCUAUCAAAGUAAACGUACCUCACAAAAAAAACGCGAUCAACAUUUAUCCUUACCUGAUCUUACCGAAAACAUUCCGAACAGUGAUAAUGCAUAUAAUAACAGUGAACAUUCCAAUGAUAUCGAGCCAUCAUCAUCAACUUCAUCAGUAUCGACAAAUCCUUUAAUGUCACCAUCGUCUCCAACUCAAUUGGAUAUACAAACUAAGAGUAUUGAACGACCGCAAUCUGCUGGUAGCAAUCAGUCAACACCAAAAAGUCAAAGAAAGGCGGGUUUUGAGUCAUAUAUUUCAACACUUUUCCGUCCUCGACACGAUUCUAAAUCAGUUAUUGCCGAUAUGAAUGAUCAUACGAACAACAAAGAUCAUCCACAAUUAGUCAAUAUAAAACGUAUUCAAUCGACAUACCAAACAAACUCGCCGAGUAAUUCUACCAUAUCAUCGCAUGAUGAACAAAUGUCUUCAUCACCACCGGCAACAACAGGACGACCUAUCAAUAAAAGUGCUAGUCAAACAAGUCUACAAACAACAGCAUCAGCACUUUCAUCACUAACAAAUAUAUUUAAAUUAUCCGAAUCACCGGACAAAAAUCGUACAAAACGACCUAGUGGCGAUGUUAGCAAAGUGGCGACAUUUCGCAAUGAAUUAAAAAUGGAAAUAAAUUCGAUUUUUGGCAUUAGUAAUAAUAAUAAUAAUAAUAAUAAUAAUAAUAAUUCGAAUGUCGUAACCAAUAAACCACCAUUGAAUCAUAGGGAUAGUCGAAAAAGUUCUUGCUCUAUGGAACGACGUCGUCCAAAACGUACACCAUCAUAUAAAAACAUUUCAUGUAAAGAUUUGGGUAAAGGUGAUUGUGAAGGGUUUUUAUAUCGUUAUCUGUCUAAAGGAACAUUAUCGUUUGUACAAUGGAGACUUUAUUGGUGUGUUUUAAAAGGUGGUACUUUAUAUGUAUUUAAAUCAAAAGAUGAUAAAAAUCAAGAAGUUGAAAUAAAACUCGAAGGAAAAAAUGUUUCACCAGCACCAGAGAGAAAAAAAUUUGGUUUUCGUAUUACUGAUGAAAAUAGUAAAGAUCGUGAAUAUUUUGCUUGUGCAACACGUGAUGAAAUGGCUAAAUGGAUGAAUAAAAUGGGCUUGGCAGCUAUUAAUUUUAAUAUUGAUGAUUCGAAAAUUGCCGGUUUUAAUAAAGGUUUUAUUGAUUCCCGUGAAUGUUCACCAGUAGCAACGCCAAUUAUUGGUUCUAAUAAAUUAUCAAGUAGCAAAAAUAAACGAAUUCAAAAAAUAAGUUCCGCUGGUGAUAGUGAAAAUGACUCCGAUAAAGAAUCUAUUGUAUCAUGGCAAAAAUCUAUAUCACAUAACAGCAGUAUUUCAGAUUUGGACUCUGUAAAAGAUAAAAGUUUUCUUGACAGUAAUAAACAAGUAAAUUUAUCAUCGGCUCCACAUCAUGCACGUUCAUCAUCAUCAGUAUCAUUAUUUUCAUUACCCGAAACGAAUAGUUCUCCAUUGAAAUCACCUUCGAAUCGUCUACUCGGUACAUUUAAUAGAAUGCCAUCAAGCAAAGGUCAUCAUCGAACAUGUAGUUCACCAAUAAAGUUUUCACCUACCUAUGAAAAACCUCAUCAAGAAAAUUCUUAUGUUAAUGCAGCACCAAGAUUGUCAGAUUCGGAUUCUCCAAAUGAACAGUUCUAUCAACGUACAUUUGUUAAUAGUAAAAUCUUCAAUGAAAAUCAAACACAACAACUUCGUCCUACUGCAAAUAAUUAUACACCAUUAGCACUCAAUUCAUCAGGUGGUUUUUCUACACCAACUACAACCUUAUCGUCAAUAUCCAGUGAUAAAACUCCACCAAUUUCUUCACGGCCGGUUAUAUCCUUAUUUCAGCCACCGUCAGAAAAUAGUGUUUUUCUUGGCGAUGAAGAUCUUUCUUUACCAUCAUCUCGAUCAACAAGUUUUUCUUUUGAGAGACCAAAUUCUUUAUCUGAAGAUGCAUUCUCGUCUAUUUAUCAAUCAGAAAUUUUCUCACCUUCAAUAAAUACUUCACAAAGGCCACCGUUAAACUCCUCAUCAUCAUCGUCUUCGGCCAUUUCGGCUCAACAAUAUUCACCUGCCAUUGUCCUUACAGCUCCCGUGUAUAUAUCUGUUUAUUCUACAACACCCCCAAUGCCAAUAGUGAAAAGUACAGUUUCAUCGUCGGCUUCUCCAACAAAUAAUCCCGAAUCAUUAUUUUCACGUCGUUCACCAUCACCAAGAACAAGUGGACCAUUGGCGAAAGCAACUAAACUUGGUUCGAGUCCAUCGAAUGUAAAUAUCCCACAGCAAUCAUCAUCACCGUCAACUCAUAAAUAUCAUCGUUAUUUAGCAACGCCAAGUGAAGAACAAGAAAUACAAUAA